AUGGCAAAGGAAUUGCGAGAUGAGGAAAUUAUAAAAAAUGACGAGGAAGAGGGCAAGCAGAAAAAGAAAAUGCUGUUGCAUAAAACAUGCAGUAUAUUUUUGCGAAAUGUGGCGCCAAACAUCACUGUUGAGGAACUCGAAACGGCCUGUAAACGAUUCCCGGGAUUUCUGCGUGUUGGAUUGGCCGAGCCAGUGCCCGAUCGUAAAUUUUAUCGACGUGGCUGGAUAAAGGAUUGUGAUCUGGGAGCAGUGAUUAAUCGCGAUAUCGCUCGUCGAGUACGAUCGGUGAAUGGUGUAACGGGGCAUAAACAAGUUGCACAGAAUGAUUUGCGACAAGCAGCCAAGCUUACAGCUAUUUAUGAUAAAAAAAAUGGUCUAUAUCAGCCGGAAAAUGCCGAAGAACGUCAGAGUAAUUUUGAGCUGGAUAUUGUAGCGCAAAGUGAGAAUCCGUUGCUCAAAAAUCUUACCGAUUUCUUGAUUGAGGAAGCAAGUGCCGAAGAAGAGGAGCUACUUGGCAUUUCAAACGAAUGCGUGGCCGAGGAGGAUCAGAAAGUACCCUUCCAAAGGGAUGAUCAGUUGAUGACGAGACUUGAUCGAAUCAUACUGUAUCUUCGCGUCGUGCAUUCCAUUGAUUUUUACAAUCAUGGUGAAUAUCCAAACGAAGAUGUGAUGCCCAACAGAAUAUUAGUUGCGCAAAAAUUCGUUACUGAUUUUAUGGCCGGUUUCAAUAAUCGUAUCGAAACGGCGCUAAUCAAUGAAAAAGUAUUCACAGAAACGGAGCUCGAAAACUUUGGCCGAAAGGAUCCAGAAAAGGAAGUGGAAGCAUUUAUAACAGCAAAUUGUGUGGAACUAGCUAAAGACAAAUGGCUAUGCCCUCUAUCUGGAAAAAAAUUCAAGGGCCCCGAGUUCAUACGCAAACACUUGACAACAAAGCAUGCCGAAAAACUGGAGAAUGUGCGACAAGAGGCCAUCUAUUUCAACAAUUAUUUGUCGGACCCAAAACGGCCACAUAAUGUCGAAGUGAAGCCUCAACCGUCAGCCACACAAUCUGCCCCGCCGCCACGUGAGGAACGACGAGAGCGCGAACGCGGUACUUUUGUUGUUGUCUUUUUUUGA